AUGGAGGUACUGGAGCUGGACAGCCACCGCAUACUGCUCUACUUGAGACGCUCUCGCCGCAGGCGAUUCGUGCGUGGGUCGUUCGGCGAGGCAGUCCUGGUGGUGGAGGGUACUGCUGUUACUGGAGGUGCUGGGGGUACUGGAGCUGCUGGCACUGGAGGUGCUGGUGCUACUGGUGCUGGAGCUCCGGGAGCUGCUGACCCUGGAGGUGCUGGUGCUGCUGGUGCUGGAGGCGUUGGAGCAGGUGGUGCUACUGGUGCUGGAGGUGCUACUGGUGCUGCUAGCACGGGAGUUACUGGAGGUACUACUGGUGCUGGAGGCGCUGGAGCUGGAGCUGGAGGCACUGGAGGUACUGGAGGUACUAUUGGUGCUCAAGGUGCUGGCGAUGUCGGAGCUCGUGGUACUGGAGGUGCUGGUGCUACUGGUGCUGGAGGUGUUGUUGGGGGUACUGAAGAAGCUGCUCGUGCUGGAGGUAGGGGAGCUACUGGUGCUCUUCGCCACCUUCUCAGUCUUCCGCCAUGUGCUACUGACUUCCCUGUGGCAGGUACUACUCCUCAGUAA